AUGACAUACACUCAUUUGACUUCCAGAUCCCACCAGAGUGCAGCUCUGCUGUGCCUCGUCUCUCUUUUACCAUAUUUAUCAAGAGCACAAAAUGCUUGCAACAUAUAUAAUCCUGCCAACCAAGGUGUUGUAUAUCAGCAGGCGGUGUCCGUGAAUACUUUCGUUCAAUCAAACACUACGUUUUUUCCUCAUCCCGAGGCGCAAGCGAUCACUGUCACAGACGCUCCAACAUCGUUCGAUCUUAUCACGACACUCUCAUGGACCAAAACCGUCUCUUACACAGGUUCUGCAUCUACUGUCGUCAGCGCUUCGGUUUCAACGACAACCGACUCGACAUUCAUCCUGUUCAUUACGUCUGAUACGAGGCUACAUCAAAAACGUCAAAAUGGUUAUUAUAUGAACGCGAAUGGCACAGUCAGCAAUGAUUGUUCAAGUGCACCCGUAUAUUCAAUCACGAAUGGCGCUUUGACAGCGACGAUGAAUAAUGUUGUCUAUUACUACUCGACCAACCCAGGCGUGGCAUACGCCCCCUUCGUGCCUUCCCAAACUCCAGGAUCGAUUACGACAUCAUUCUCGGCCACGAGUAAUGGUCAGCUUUCAUGGUUCAACUCACAAUUUUACAACGGACAGGCACAGUUUUGCUCUUUGAAUAAUGGCACUGUUUAUGCAGUAUUUCAACAAGACGCAACGCCGAAUGGGUGCAUGUUCAUUCAACUCUCUUUAUUCUCGGUUUCUUCGUGUGCCAAUCUGGCUAUGAGUUCUGGACCAAGCGGUCCCAGCGGUCCAUCAGGGCCAUCAGGUCCCUCGGGGCCUGUGGGUUCUACAGGUAUACAAGUGAGUAUCAUUCACAUUGGGUUUCCCAUCAUGAAUAUUCAAACCACAUGCAACUAUCAAAACUCACCUACUAUUUGA